AGAAUAUUGUGAAACCUGCAUUAGGCUCAUGAGCUGGUGUUAGCAGCUAUAAUGAGCUGGUGUUAGCAGCUAUAACGGUACCAUUUUAGAGUAUACAUUCUUCCCCAUUCUAGAUAACUUUCAAGAAUUAGCAUCGUACAUGAGUUUCUAGGAUUGGCCCUUCUACAACAUCUACUCAUGAAAAUAGAAAGUAUUUUGACAACAGUAUCAAAAAAUCUAGCUAUGACUGGUCAUGCUCAUGACCAUGAUAGUCAAACUUCAAAGGGCUGCUGCAUAUGGUUCUGUUUGGAGCUUUGUGACUGUUAACACAACCUCACCAUCCCCCCAUGGCCUUCCGUCACACCCAAUUCUUCAUAUUUAGUUUUCUAAACCAUAAAAUCCUCAUCGUUUCAUCAUGUUCUGUGAAUUGUAUGAAUGAAUUCCCCCUUUUUCUUUCUUCUUUCUCUUUCUGAGCACUGCAAAAAGCCUCAACGAUGGAGCCCAACUUUCUCAGCGAUGACCUGUUUGAUGAAUCGGAGAGCAUAUCAUACCUCUCAGAAUCACUUGGUUUUGCUAGAAUGGAUCCUCCACCGGAAGACAACGACUUCUCAGAAACCGUCAAGUUCAUAAGCCAGAUCCUCAUGGAAGAGAACGUUCAGCUACAGAAUCCAUUCUAUGAUUCACUCACCUUGCAGGUUACCGAGAAGUCCUUCUAUGAUACUCUAGUGGGUAACCUUUCCCCUAAUCAACACGCCCUUGUUCUCAGCCCCCAAGCUGAAACCACCACCACCACCACCAAUAACAACAACAGCAGCUUUUUAGAUGAAUAUUUCCCUUCUCCGGAUUCUGCUUCUGCUUCUGCUUCUGCUCUUCAGUUUAACCCCCACACCCUUUCUCAGCCACCUUCAUUUACUGUUUGUCAUGGAUUCUCAGAUUUGGAUUCUUCUAUCGCAAAAAUCUUGGCACAGAAUAUGUUCAAUGAUGCUGAUUCUGUUUCCCAGUUCAGGAGAGGAUUAGAGGAAGCUACCAAGUUUCUUCCUUUUGGCCCUGAGCUUGUAACUGGUCUCCAUUCAAACGGUGAGGAACAGAUCAAUAAUUUUGGAGUUAAUUUCAAGAGCAGAAAGAAUCACGAGCGUCAAGAGAGAGAUACCACAGAAGAAGAAGAAGGGAGAAGUAGUAAGCAAUCGACACUUAGCCUUGUUGAUGAGAGUGACAUUUCAGAUGCUAUAGAUCGGGUGUUUCUGAGUGUGGAAAACGUGGGUAGUGAACACAAUUCCUUGCAGAGUGGAGCAGUGAAAGGUGAGGAGCGAGAUGGAGGGAAGGACCGAUCAAAGAAAAAAGGGAGGAAGAAGGAAACUGUGGAUUUGAGGAAUCUUCUACAGAUGUGUGCACAAUCUGUGUAUGCCAAUGACAUUAGAGCUGCCACCGAAUUACUAAAGCAGAUUCGGCAACACUCUUCUCCCUUUGGAGAUGCAUCGCAGAGGCUAGCUCACUACUUCGCCAAUGGUCUUGAUGCACGCUUGGUUGGGGCUGGUUCUGGCGGUCAUGAACAAUUUUCUUUUCUGAACUCUCAGAGGAUUACUGCUGCAGAGUACCUGAAGGCAUAUCAAGUGUUUCUAUCUUCCACCCCUUUCAAAAAGUUUACAUAUUUCUUUGCAAACACAAUGAUUAUGGAAGCUGCUGCAAAAUCAGAAACCGUCCAUAUCAUUGAUUUUGGCAUCCUGUAUGGUUUUCAGUGGCCAAUUCUUAUAAAGUUUUUAUCAAACAGAGAGGGUGGUCCUCCCAAGCUGAGGAUCACAGGGAUAGAGUUUCCCCAACCAGGCUUUCGUCCCUCUGAAAGGAUUGAGGAGACGGGUCACCGUCUUGCUAACUAUUGUAAGCGUUACAAUGUUCCCUUUGAAUACCAUGCCAUAGCAUCAAGGAACUGGGAAACUAUUCAGGUGGAAGCCCUUAAAAUUGAGAGCAAUGAGAUAGUUGCUGUCAACUGUCACAUGAGGUUUGAACAUUUACUGGAUGAGAGCACUGUUGAAGUUAACAGUCCUAGAAAUGCAGUCCUGCAUUUGAUCAGGAAGAUAAAUCCGGAUAUCUUUACUCAGAUCAUUGUUAAUGGAUCAUAUAGUUCCCCUUUCUUUACCACACGGUUUAAGGAGGCACUGUUCCAUUUUUCUGCUGUUUAUGAUCUGUUUGACACUGUCAUACCUCGUGAAAACGAUUGGAGAAUGACGAUUGAGAGAGAGCUUUUGGGUCGGGAGGCUAUGAAUGUUAUAGCGUGUGAAGGUUCUGACAGGGUUCAGAGACCUGAGACAUACAAACAAUGGCAAGUUAGGAAUACAAGGGCCGGUUUCAAGCAGCUUCCAUUGAAGGAGGAAUUGAUGGCCAAAUUUAGGACUAAGUUAAAGGAUUAUCACAGAGAUUUUGUCUUCGAUGAAGAUAACAAUUGGAUGAUUCAAGGUUGGAAAGGCCGCAUUUUUAAUGCUUCCACUUGUUGGGUGCCCACAUAAUUUCUGGACUUGGUGUAGAACUCAUACUAAUAUGAUUCUAAUGUUGAAGCUUUGAUUUAUAAUCGUGCUAACAAAUCAUGGUUAUUUGAGAUAUUUAAGCAGGAAUGGUUCAAUGUUGAAGCUUAUUUUGCUCGUUGAAUAAAAAGUUGCUGUGAUGAAGAUUGCACCAAGCUUUGCACAAGUUACUUGGUAAAUUCAUGUUACCAAUUUAUUGGUAAAUCCAAUGAACUUUUAAAUUUAACUCAAUUUUAUAUAUACAGAUUGUGAUUAAGGUAAGUUUUGAACCAAUUUUCUUGUUUACACACAAGACAAUUCUGACCAUCCAAUGAACUUUUAAUAAUUGUAUUGCUAGCAUAGUACAACAAUACAUAAUCUAAGAUAGCUGCUACUGCUACUUUGCUAUAUAUAGUAAUGUAAACUCAGCUUCUUUUUCCCUUUUCGAGCCAUUG